UAUAAGACUAUGGGUUCGGAACUGGAUGUCAUCUGAGUUCCCGCUCAAGAGUUGAAAGGGAGGGGUCAUUUCGCUCCCAACGAACGCAGAAGAAUGCAGCAGCUGCAAUCCCGCCUUCUCAAGUCUUUCUCCAUAUCUUCAUCAUCAAUCCAAGAAAUUGCUUCUGCUUCCCCCAAAGGUUUGGCCAAGGUUGUACUGAAAAAGGGGAAGGCACAACUUUUUAAGGAUGGAAGUCCUAUGGUGUACAGUGGAGCUGUUGACAGAAUAAUUGGAAGGCCACCACCAAAAACUGGAGAUGUUGUGCUGGUAGCUGAUGGGACUGAGAAACCUAUAGGGUGGGGUUUGUAUAAUUCAGUUUCCAUGUUCUCUGUGAGAUUGAUGCAGUUGGAAGAGGAGGCAGCGAGAGACCCUUCAUGCACAUUGGAUAUCGAGAAACUGAUUGAAACAAGGAUACAUACUGCUAUGGAAUUACGAAAGAACUUGGGACUUCCAUCAGCCAGUACUAAUGCGUAUCGCCUUGUUAACAGUGAAGGAGACAGAUUGUCAGGAUUAAUCAUUGACGUCUUUGGAGAUUUAGCAGUGGUAGCAUCAUCUGCUGCUUGGGUGGAGAAGUACAAAGCUGAAAUCGAGUAUUGUGUUCGUCGAAUCGAUGAAAUCAAUCAUGUGAAAUGGAGACCAUCGGUGGAAAUUCUGAAAGAAGAAGGGAUAGAUGUGUCUGAAUUAAAGGAUAUGAACCCGUCUACUUGUCCUUUCAGGACAAAGGCAAGGGAGAAUGGAAUUUUUUACGCUAUUUCACUUGAAGGCCAGAAAACAGGGUUUUAUGCUGAUCAGCGUGAAAACCGUCAUUUUAUCUCAACGAUUUCAGAGGGUCAGAGAGUUCUUGAUCUCUGCUGCUACAGUGGUGGGUUUUCUCUAAAUGCAGCACGUGGUGGAGCUAGUGAUGUCACUGGUAUUGAUUCAUCAUUGCCUGCUCUGGAGCUAGCAAAAGAAAACGUGAUCCUGAACAACAUGGAUCCAGAAAAAAUAUCAUUCUUGAAAAUGGAUGUCACUGCAUUCAUGAAGGAUGCUCUAUCUAGAAAUGAAUCUUGGGAUAUAGUCAUUCUCGAUCCUCCAAAACUAGCACCACGGAAGAAGGUUCUGCAAACAGCAUCAGGCAUGUACAGGACUUUAAAUUCAUUAGCAAUGCAACUCACGAGGAAAGGUGGUCUUCUAAUGACCUGUUCAUGUUCUGGAGCAAUGACACAAAGUGGGAUGUUCUUGCAAACGCUCCAGGGUGCAGCAUCAAUGGCGAAAAAGAAAAUCACAGUCCUACGACAAGCAGGGGCGGCAUGUGAUCACCCCAUUGACCCAACUUAUCCAGAGGGUGCAUAUCUUUCUAACAUCCUUCUGCGUGUACUCUAAAGUCUAAAGUUUCUCCCUCCCCCAAUUUAUUGCAGUUAUAGAGGUAGCCACCAUUGAUCAGAAAACGCAUAAGCUAUUUAACAUAAUGAUACUGCAUUUGAAGUUACAUAUCACCUGAUACUCCCACACAUCUUCAUACAAGAAGCAAAAAUAGAAGUUCAAUUACAA